CAACACUAAUAUGUGAGAAGAAUAUUUUAAGUGUGAAAGUUUUCGAAGAACAUGUCGCUGGCGUAUGUAAAUUUAGCAACUGAUGUUUAUUUUGUUUGUUUAAAUCAUGCAUUGUCAACUGAAGGAGAAGAAAUCGUUGGUCUUCUUGUGGGAGAGGUUGAUGAGAACAGAGUUGCUCAUAUUUCAGCAGUUGUUAUCCUUCGUCGCUCUGACAAGCGAAAAGAUCGUGUAGAAAUAUCACCUGAACAGUUGUCAAAUGCAUCUACUGAAGCUGAAAGAUUGGCAUGCAUUUUGAAACGUCCUAUUCGUGUCAUAGGAUGGUAUCAUUCUCAUCCAAAAUUAACUGUUUGGCCUUCCCCUAUAGAUGUUAAUACACAAGAUAGCUAUCAAAUGAUGGAUGAUGGAUUUAUUGGCAUGAUUUUUUCUGUUUUUAAUGAGGAUCCAAGUAAAAAGGGAGGUAGAAUUCAAAUGACUUGUUAUCAGUCGCAAACAGUUAUUGAAGAUAGCAGUAUUGAAAAGAGGCGACUUGAUGUUCCCAUUCGUCUGGUUCCAGCAAAUUACAUUAGCAAUGUUUGCAUGAAUGCUUUAAUACAGUUGCCAAGGUAUUUGUGCCAAGAAGAGCAACUUGCGUAUCAAGUUACUAACCAAAUGCAACUGGAUUACCUCACUAGGCUUCAUAAUAGCUCAGUCUAUUUAAGAUCUAUGGGACAAAUUGCAGAAGUAAUAUGUGGACCACUUUUGAAAAUGCUGGAGGAGAGAAUACUUAAUAAUGAAAUUAAGAGAAAAAAGCUCCAGAAUAAAAAAAAAGAACUUGCUACAGUUUUAGAACAGAUUUAUAAAGAAAAUGCUCGGAGUAGAAUAUCUGAAAGUGCAGUGUCCUCACCUGGUACAGGAAAGCGUCAUCUUAGUCCUCCCGUUUCAUCUGAAGAUGAGACUCAAACAUCUAUAGCGCAAGCAGAAAUGACAGCUGAAAUUCCUGAAAUAUUAAAUAUUCCCAUUUCCCCUCACAGUGUGUCUGACUCAUUGGAUCCGGAAAACUCAGAUGGGGCUCUUAAUCUCAUUCCAUCAUCCCAAAUGGUAAAUGAACCGAGUGCUAUGGAAAUGCCAGCAGCAUCUUCAAAUUAUAUGUCUCAUGGACUUUCACCAACAGUGAAAGACACUAUUUCAGAAGAAAAAGAAAACAAGUCUCCUAUCCCAUAUCCUAAAAAUGAAGAUUCUGUUGAAACUUCUGUGUCAACUGAAACAUCUCUUCAAUCAAUAUCUAUGCCAAACUCACCAGCUGAGGAUGUUCCAUGAUUUUUUUAAUAUGAUGUAUUUGUAUCUAAUAUGUAUGCUGCAAGUGGAUGUUAAACUAAAUUUUUUAUCUUAUAAAAUGCUGAAAGUUAGUUUACUCACAGGGUUCUCAUGUUUUAUGAAAAUAAUAUAUUCAUAAGAAUAACUUUCAAAACAAAUUUUUAGCUAAGUCAUAAAUGUAAGAUAAAAGAAAAUAAAGCUCAUUAAAUUGUAUCCUU